AUGGUUAGACUAUUACCACCUCAAGAUAGUCUAACAUCAUCUACCCCAUCCCCAUCUUCUGUGUCUAUCCCAGUUAGGUCUCCCGAUGUUGCACCUACACCAUCUCCACCUCCGACUGAAGCUAGACCAUCUUCAUCUCAUGUUAAUGCACAUGGACCAUCUCCGAUACCUGCAUCCACACCAUCUCCAUCCUCCGUUGAUGCACGUGGACCAUCCCCAAUACCUAUAUCCACACCUUCCCCAUCCCCGCCUAUGGGCAACAUGCCUAUAGAUGAAGAUGUUAUAAAUUUGGCGAUGGAAGACCCCCCCCCCCUAAUGAUCGUCCUAAGGUUAUGCUAA